AUGCAGAUGUUGCUCUACUUGUCCAGCGAUGUUGCUCUACUUGUCCGAGGACGUACUAGAGCAGAAUUGGAGGCCAACUCAAACGAAGUUUGCAAUCUAUUCUACCAGCAAUGCAACAGACAAAAACUCCAAGUAGCAGAGCACAAAUGUCAAAUUCUACUAAUCGCAAAGAAGGGAGGAUCACUGACUAGAAGACCGACAAUCCGCAUCAACAAUCGUCGAAUUAAAAUUGUCCGUGUCCUGAGAUACCUCGGUCUAUACAUAGAUGAAAAACUGACAUGGAUGCCGCACAUACUUAAUUUAAGGAAGCGUACAGCAAUCAUAGCACAGCAUUUCAGAAUGCAACGCGGAUUUCAUUGGGGGAUUAAUUCUCACAUACAAAAAGCGUUAUAUCUUACUGUCGUCGAGAAGAUGGUGUCCUAUGGAGCGGCCAUUUGGGCCUUCCCUAUGCAGGGAAGGAAAAUCCGGCACCUGUCUGCACUACAGAGGCCCUUCCUACUCUCAAUUACAAGAGCCUUCAGGACAACAUCUACUGAUGCACUAAACAUCUUGGCAGGAGUGCUACCACUUCAUCUACGCAUAGAAGAAGAAGCGGUGACACAACAGGUUCAUCAGUUAAGACUUUCACUUACUUAUGAUUACGUUACCUUCUCUCAAGAACAGUUUGAGAAUAAGACCUCACAACUUCAUAUACACCCAGCAAUCAAGGGUAUUGGAAUUCACCUCACGAAGAACCCAGCAUAUGUGGCACCAUCCGGCUACAUCUCCAUCUACACAGAUGGUUCUCGUAUUGACGAAAAGGUAGGCAGCGCCUUUGUCGUGCUCAGUGAACAACAACAACCCCUUCACCAAUGGCAGAUGCAGCUCAGCACUGAAAACAGCGUUUUCCAGAGUGAAGCACUCGCCAUUCACGAGGCCAUACGCUAUCUAACGAAUAAUAAAAUCUCCAAAGCCUUAAUACAUACAGAUAGCCUGUCUUCUAUGCAAGCAAUUGCCAAUUCAGAACAUACCUCCCCGCAAAUAGCAGGCAUUCAAAAAAGUCUACGUGAAAAUGCUCACAAUCAUUACGUCAUAAAAUGGAUUAAAGCGCACACAGGUAUUUAUGGCAAUGAACUUGCAGACGGCCUGGCAAAAGACGCCGCCACUGGGAACAACAUUACUACAGUACAGAUCCAUGGCCUACCUCAUAUCUAA